AUGGUUUCCAGGUUUAUCGGGCGCCGACAGGCUGCAGUCAAGGCGGCUGCUGUGCCAGAAGCAGAAGCUCCUCUGGUCUCACCAGCAUCCAGUCCGUCUGGGCUCCAUGAGCUCUUAGAGGUUCACAAAGAUAGGCCUCCAAGAUGCAGAGUAGAGGUGGCAACGCAUACAGCAAAGAACUGGGGCGGCAGGCACGAAAACGAGGAUCGAUGCAUGGCAGUUCACGACUGCCUGAGCGAUUCUCGCAUUCCGUUUCACACAGUUGGCGUCCUAGACGGUCACGACACGGACUCCGCAUCCGACUUGGUUGCGAAAUUGCUUCCAGUCGCUGUCGGCAGGCGGAUGAAGGAUGGUCUUUCAAUCAGCCAGGCUUACCUGGAAGCAAUGGCUGAGAUGGAAGACCGACUCAAACGUGAGCAUGCAACUGCUGGCACGUGUGUCAACAGCUGCACGAUCGCUGCAGGCCGGGUUUGGUGCGCUAACCUUGGCGACUGCCGCGCAGCUCUCGUGCUGCUGGAGGCAAGUGCCACGGCAAGUGGCGCAGCCAAGGCUGAAGUCCUCAUGUGGCUGUCUCGCGACCACAAGGCCAGCUGCCCGAUAGAGCAGAAGCGAAUCGAGGCGGUCGGCGGAGCGGUCAUAGACGGAAGAGUCGAGGGCUUGGAACCUUCCAGGACCCUUGGCGACUUCGACGUAAAAAUGACAGUGAAGCCAGGGGUAAUCUCCAUCGUGCCUGAGGUGCGAAGUGUGGAGGUUGACGCUGGCUCCACGGCCAGUGGCCGCCGUGGGAUUUUAAUGUGUGCCACCGAUGGCGUUUGGGACGUGAUGACCGGGCAGGACCUGUGCAAGUUGAUACAAGCAAGAAAGGACGGGAUGAGUGGCGUUGGUUGCAGUGAGCCUUUUGCACUCGUACCUAGCUCAAGCCCACGAUCGCCUGCUGCGAAGAAGCAGCGCGGGAUCCCAUCUCCAAACCCCUGA